ACCAAAUCAAAUCAAGUGGUAGUUUUUUCAUACUGUGUGUGUUUCAAGAUGAGGAAGCUCUGGCCAAACUUGGACAGAGAGGAUGGUCUUGACACGGUGCUUGAAGUUCCAAUUCCUGAAGAGAUGUUAUGCUCUAAUGCACACUCUAAGAGUGCAUGGUCACGUUGCACCAAUUGGAUGCGCCCACAUGGUGGUGGUGGUGGUGACCGGUUAUCGGCCCCGGCUCUCGGCCGCAACGCCGAGCUUCAACUCAUGCUCGGCGUCGUCGGUGCUCCUCUCGUCCCACUCCCUGUCCGAACUCAUCGACCUUUCAUCAAAAAUGAUAUCAAAGAUGAUCCAAUUGAGGUUUCCAUGGCGAAGUAUAUUGUGCAGCAGUAUGUGGCUGCAGCAGGAGGGGAGAUGGUGUUAGAGUCAAUUGAUAGUAUGUAUGCUAUGGGGAAGGUGAAGAUGAUGAUGGGAUCGUCGCCGGAGUUUAAGAAAGGGAUGAAGAGUAUUGGUGGUGGUGGUGGUGGAGAGAUGGGAGGAUUUGUUGUAUGGCAAAAAAAGCCGGAACUUUGGUGCUUGGAGCUGGUGGUUUCUGGUUGUAAGAUGAGUGCCGGAAGUGACGGCAAAGUUGCUUGGAGACAAACUCCUUGGCAUCACUCUCAUGCCUCCCGAGGACCGCCUAGACCUCUUCGGAGAUCUCUUCAGGGUCUUGACCCGAGAUCGACGGCAAAUUUGUUCUCCAACUCUGUUUGUAUUGGAGAGAAGACGGUGAAUGGUGAUGAUUGUUUUGUACUCAGGAUCGAUGCGGAAGCUGCAGCAUUGCGAGCGAGAAGUAGUAGUAAUGUCGAGAUUAUCCGGCACACAGUUUGGGGAUACUUCAGCCAAAGAACAGGUUUGUUGGUUCAGUUAGAGGAUUCGCAUUUGCUUCGAAUUAAAGCGGGGAAUGAGGAGAGUGUUUACUGGGAGACGACAAUGGUGUCAGUGAUCGAAGAUUACAGACCGAUCGACGGCGUUAACAUUGCACAUUCCGGUAGAACUACUGUGUCAUUGUCUCGAUUCGGUAAUAUGAACAAUGAACACACUAAGACUAAGGUCGAGGAAAUAUGGAAUAUUGAAGAAGUUGAUUUUAAUAUCUGGGGGUUGUCCAGGGAUUGUUUCUUGCCUCCUAGUGAUCUAAACGAAGAUACCGAAGCCGGUGAUAUGUUAGUGAAGAAUCCCCGGCCGACGAGUAAAGUUUCGGCCUCUGCUGCGAAGAUCGGCAUAUCGAAAGUUGCCGCGGUUAACAUUGAUGAUUCAGACUUAACAGAAGGAGAAGAGUAUGGACUCUCAUGAUCCAUGUAUUGUAAAUAUUGCAGUAGAUUAAAUUUUGUAUGAUGAUAGAGUAUUAUCAUUAUAUAAAUCAUGCUGUUGUUUAUA